AUGAACGACCAAGUCUCUCCAUCGCACUACACGCCCAUCGCGGGACCGUUUGGCCUCACAGCUUUCGUCUCAGGCACGAGGCGAUCGAUCUGGGAGUGCGCCACCUGUCAGGGACCGAUCUCGAUCGGCUGCCGAGCUCUAGAGCACGUAGAUCGAUGUCAAGCACUCCUGGCAAAUGACAAGCCUUGCGAGCGGAUGUACUCGACCAGAUAUGGCUGCUCCAAGCAUCCCUACUACGAAGGCCACAACCCGCACAUGCGCAAAUAUCUGUGUCGUGUGCCGAUCAAAUCCUACUCCACGUCGAACUUGAUGCCGAAGAGCAGGACGCCAUCACCAAAGAGGCCGAGUAGUCCUGUCGAAACGAGGACGCCGCCCUCGGGUCUGCGGCAUGUCCAGAUGCCCGGUCCGAAUGUUCCGCCUGCUCCGCCUACCACGCCGCAGCCUGGACAACCGAAGUUGGAAGCUGCUUUUGCAAGUGAGAAGGCCAAGGAGUCGGUGAUGAAGACGGAGGUCAAGGCUGAUGACAAGAGCGCUUCAAGUUGUUCUUCGAGUCAAGCCAGCUUUUACAGCGUGCCGACGAUCAGCGUUGUCAAGCCACGAGUGCGGCUCAUGGGCGAGCGCGAGACAUAG